AUGGACAGCAGGACUGCGUUGGGGCACCUGCUGGGGGCAGCUGUGGGUCUCCUGCUUCUGCUGCAGAGCACACAGUCAGUCCUCAUCAAGUACCAAGGCUUCGAGGUCCAGCUGGAGUCGGUGAAGAAGUUGAGUGCCCUGGAGGGGCAGCAGGAGCCCAGCCCUCACCUGCAAACCAAGAGCCUCCUGCCCUCUGUGUGCCACCACCCAGCUCUGCCCCAGGACCUCCAGCCCAUCUGCACCUCCCAGGAAGCCGCCAGUAUCUUCCAGACCUUGAGGACCAUCGCCAAUGAUAACUGUGAGCUGUGUGUAAAUGUCGCCUGCACCGGUUGCUGA